AUGCCGAGGCCAUCCCGUGACACGUACGGCGAUCAGAAGCCACCGUACUCGUACAUCUCGCUCACAGCGAUGGCGAUCUGGUCAUCGCCCGAUAAGAUGCUGCCACUUAGUGACAUCUACAAGUUCAUCACCGAUCGGUUUCCGUACUACCGCAAGAACACGCAACGCUGGCAGAACUCGUUGCGCCACAAUCUGAGCUUCAACGAUUGUUUCAUCAAGGUACCGCGGCGACCGGAUCGUCCGGGCAAGGGAGCCUACUGGGCACUGCAUCCUCAAGCCUUCGAUAUGUUCGAAAACGGGAGUUUGCUGCGACGUCGCAAACGCUUCAAGCUACACAAAACGGACAAAGACAUUCUGAACGAGGAGUUGGCGGCGUUGGCCAACAUUAACCGGAUCUUUCUCGCCCAAAACUCGGCCGAUGCUUACUGUCCCACGGGGGUGGCGGCAGCACCACCGGCUGCUGCUGCUGCUGCUGCGGCGGGCAUGCUGUCCGAACCGGGUAUUAUCUUGCAUCAUCCGACGAGUAUGUUGCCCUCGCCACCGCUGGAACCACAUUCGCCAGUGUCGGUUCCGGGACCGAUAUCACCGGUCACUGCCAUUACCGACACGGGGACGAUAUUAAAACGGAGGACACCGCUGCGUCCGAAGCGAUCGUUCACCAUCGAGAGUCUGAUCACACCCGAACAGGAAGACGACGACGAAGAAGACGAGGUGAUCGAGGUGCACGAACGGGAUGAUAGUCGAUCGCCAAACAGUUCGGCACAUCUUCACCACCACCAUCAUCAUCCGGCGCUACAAUUGCAUCAUUCGGCGGGUGGACAGCAUGGAUCCUCCACGCAGCUUCCGCCUGCCAGUAGCCUUCCCGGGGCCAACAUACCUCCGUUCCUGCAGUACACUCAUCCGGCUCUGGCCGGGUACGAGUUGCCCAUUCAUCCGCUGCUCAUGAUGGGCCCAUUGGGAGCGAUCCCUCCCCACUACUUUCACCACAGUUCCUACCACAGUCUGGCGGCGGCGCAUCAUCAUCAUCACCAUCAGCAGCAGCUGCACCAUCAUCACCUUCAUCAUCAGAUGCUCCAUGGUACGGGGAAUCAUCAGCAUCAGCAGGGCGCUGGUAUCAUCGGCGGAAGCGCCGGUUCUGGCUCUGGGAGUCGAUCACCAACGGGUUCGACCACCGGUCCGGACAGUCCCCGAUCAGCCGGUGGCCCCACCGAUCUCAGUCGACCUCUCGGGCCGGCCCUUCGUAGCGUUUGA